CUGAAAAUUGCAAAGAAAGAUCCCCCCACCCCUCACUCACUAUCCAUACUAUACCCUCGCCUGGCAGCAGCUUUACCAUUUUUUCCGGUCAAUUUCCUCCGGAAAAUCUUGAGAACAAUUACUCCUCUCCACAAGCUUAAUGCUGCCCAUCUCCGACUCCCCGGAACCCCAAAGGAAACCCAAAUCCCCUGAGCAAACGCUAAUUGAUCACCAGAAAAACUCCAGCAACUCCCUCCACUCACUUCUUCAACCUUAUCUCUCUCCAUACAACCCCUUGUCAUGGCUCAUCUUCUCCGUCCUCUUCCUUCAGAUCGUUCUUCUCCUCAUGACAAAGUCACUCCCACUGUCCACCCGCCGUACCCACUUCCCCUCUCCUUACCCCAACUAUCUCCUCUUCAAAUCAGCUGCUAACAUUUCAUACCCAGAUCAAUCUACGAACUUUUCAUCCUCGGACCAAUGUUCAUUUGGACGCAUCUUUGUUUACGACUUGCCACCUGAAUUCAAUCGGGAAUUCAUAGAGAAAUGCGAUGAAUUGAGCCCAUGGAGUUCAAAGUGUGCUGCUUUAUCGAAUGAGGGAUUGGGGAAGAGAGCGACGGGGUUGGCCGGAAUCGUGCCGGAGGAAUUGAUUCCGGCGUGGUACUGGACGGACCAGUUUGCGUCGGAACUGAUUUUCCACAAUCGGAUGUUGAACCACAAGUGCAGGACGAUGGAGGCGGAAUCUGCCACCGGGUACUACAUUCCGUUUUACGCGGGACUUGCGGUGGGGAAAUACUUGUGGUUCAAUUACACGGCCAAAGACCGUGAUCGGUACUGCGAGAUGGUGCUGAGGUGGGUUCAGGGGCAGCCCUACUGGAACCGAUCAAACGGUUGGGAUCAUUUCAUCAUGAUGGGGCGCAUCACGUGGGACUUCCGACGGUCGAAAGACGAUGACUGGGGAUCCAGCUGCAUCUACAUGCCCGGCAUGCGAAACAUCACCCGCCUCUUGAUCGAGCGAAACCCCUGGGACUACUUCGACGUGGGUGUACCUUACCCCACCGGAUUCCACCCCAGAUCCGACGCCGACAUUCUCCACUGGCAAGACUACGUCCGCAGCCGCCACCGCUCCACCCUCUUCUGCUUCGCGGGCGCGACGCGUAGAAAGAUCAAGAACGACUUCCGCGGCAUCCUCCUCAGCCACUGCAAGAACGAGUCCUCUUCCUGCCGUGUCGUGAACUGCGCCGGCACCCGGUGCACCAACGGGACAUCCGCCAUCCUCGAAACGUUUCUGGACUCGGAUUUCUGCUUACAACCCAGAGGCGACAGUUUCACCCGCCGGUCCAUAUUCGACUGCAUGGUGGCCGGUUCGAUCCCGGUGUUCUUCUGGCACCGGACGGCGUAUUUCCAGUACGAGUGGUUUUUACCGGGGGAUCCCCGCAGUUACUCCGUUUUUAUCCACCGCAACGAUGUAAAAAACGGGACUUCGGUGAAAAAAGUACUGGAACAGUACAGUAAAAAAGAGGUGUGGAAAAUGCGGGAGAAAGUGAUUGAUUACAUACCGAAAUUAGUGUAUGCAAAACCAAAUCAAGGUUUGGAGACCAUAAAGGAUGCAUUUGAUAUCGCCAUUGAUGGUGUGCUGAAGAGGUUCAAAGAGCAAGAACAGCCAGAGUACAAGUGGAAAUGAAAAGAGGUAAGUCAGGGUAAAAAUGGGAUUAUGGAGAUAAUAGCAUUUUUUUUUAAUAAAAAAUGAGGAAAUAAGGAUAAUUUUAAAAAAAAAUUAUAAGUAUUUUUUAUAUAUAAAAAAAUUAUUGUAUAGAUAAAAUCUGAAAUGCAAAACAAUGACCAUCUUAUUGGCGUGGUUGAAAGUACUGAAUAAGGCAUUCUUUUCAUAUUUAUGAUGGUGUUGUAAUUAUUCGGGGCAGAGGAUAGGCUGGAAAAGGACCUUACCCCAAUUGGUUGUGGAGGGUCCAUAAGUGCAGGCUGCUCAGCUAGAUGGCUGAGGCUAAGGAAGAGAUGGGGAAUUGGAUGGCCCCAUCCUUAUAGGAUACACCUAGCAUUAGCAAAGAAUAACGGGGACAUAUGGACGUUACAAUGUGUAAUAGGAUAUUUCUUUAGAGAACAGUGUUGUUCUGUUCUUGGAAAAAAAAAAAAAUCAGUUCUGACAAUUAUAGAUUACUACUAAGAAUUUUAAUUGUCUGAAUUGAUUUUUUUUCUGAACAGUAAACACUGUUCUUUUUUGUUUAUGAAUAAUAUAUUGGUUAUAUGCUUUGAAGUUUCUUUUCUUUUUUCCUUUGUACCCACGAAGAAAAGCUCAUAAAUUGCUUGCAUUGUUGUGUAUGUGCAAGAACAUGGUUGAUUAAACAUUUUGAAAUGGAGAAAAGGGACUCCGGACUUCUUUAUGGGUGGGCCUGCAAAGAAAAAAUGAGAAGUAGUGAGGAAUCUCCAUGUUUCUUUUGGCUCUUUUUGGGUAAUCCACUACUGCAGAGGAAAAGCAACAGAAAAUUCACGAACUCCUUAUGCUAACUUCCUACAAUAAAUGAUCUUUCGUAUU